CACUGGAAUAACACCCAGAAAGCAAUUGGGGAGCUGGCCUCGCCUUGCCUCUCCAAGACGCAGGUGGGCGUUCCGUUGGAAACGUCUUGCUCUUCGUCCCUGGACCCAAUACCCGGACCUCCCUAGCCCAUAGAUGCAGUGUAAACAGUGGGGACGAAGUUGAGAAGCCCCGCUCCAGACAUCGCUGUUAUGGAGACUCGGGUUUUCUUGUGCGCCCUGGUCUUGUGCUGUAGCCCGUUUGGAUUUGCGCUGCAGGACGAACCUAAAUUCGAGGAUGACAUUUUCAGUGAUCUGGAUUUAGAUUUGAAUGCUGCGCCACGCAGGGAGCGUCGGCAGGUGAAGGCCGUGCUGUCAAAGGAGACCAAGCCGCAUAUGACGGAACUGACAGUAAAGACCACAAUCAUCUCCCGGUACGCGUUCACGGCCGUGUACUGCAGAAUGUUCAACCGCCACGCUUCUGCUGCGGAGGGGACGUUUCAAUUCCAGAUCCCCGCGGCCGCCUAUGUGUCCAACUUCACCAUGAUCAUCGGAGGCCGUGUGUUCCCCAGCCAGAUCAAGCCCAGGGAGAAGAAGGCCAAGGGGGAGCGAGAAGGAGAGAGCCCUACAGACAAGCCCAAGAACAAAGACUCCAACAACCAGAGUGAAGGCAACAUGGAAACUUUUAGGAUGGCAAUCAACAUCCCCGGUCGUAAUUUUGCCGUGUUUAUGCUAACAUACGAGGAACUGCUGCAAAGGCGAUUGGGCAAUUACGAACAUGUGACCAGCGUACGGCCGCUCCAAUUGGUCAGCCGUCUGACUGUGGAGGUCACCAUUGUAGAGCACUCACGCAUCACACACCUGGAGGUUCUUCCCCUACGCAACGGCAAAGCCAGCAGUAACACCGGUAACAAGGCAGAUGCUAAGGCUGUGCUGCCUAUUUCCACGGUGAUCCAGCGGAACAACAGCUUCAGCAGGGUCAAGUUCAAUCCCAGCAUCGUUCAGCAGGCACGCCUGACCACCACCGGUAAUCUGGGAGACUUUGUGGUGCGUUACGAUGUGGAGAGAGAGAUGGGUAUUGGAGACAUACAGGUCCUGGAUGGGUAUUUUGUUCACUACUUUGCCCCCAGGGAUCUCCCCGUGGUGCCCAAGAACGUGGUGUUUGUGAUCGACACCAGCGCCUCCAUGCUCGGAACCAAGAUGAGACAGACGAAGGAGGCCCUCUUCACCAUGCUGCGGGACCUGCGUCCUAACGACCGCUUUAACUUCGUCUCCUUCUCCAACCGCAUCCGCGUGUGGCAGCCUGGCAAGCUGGUACCCGUCACGCCUCUGAACGUGCGCGACGCCAAGAAGUUCAUCUACUUGAUCUCACCCAACGGAGGAACUGACAUCAACAGUGCCAUCCAAACAGGCUCCACCCUGCUCAGUGACUUCCUGUCCAGCCCCGAGGCCACAGAGGCCAAUCACAACUCGGUGUCUCUGAUCAUCUUCCUGACGGAUGGGCGCCCGACGGUGGGCGAGCUGCAGACAGCGAGCAUCCUGGGAAACGCACAGCGGGCGGUGGGCGAGCGCUUCUGUGUCUUCACCAUCGGUAUGGGCGACGACGUGGACUACCGGCUGCUCGACCGUAUGGCGCUGGAGAACUGCGGCACAAUGAGGAGGAUCCCCGAGGCGGCCGACGCACGCACGCUCCUCAAGGGGUUCUAUGAUGAGAUUGGCACCCCUCUCCUGUCUGACAUCCAUGUGGAGUACUCGGAGGACUCUGUGGAGUACGUCACCCAACACCUCUUCACCAACUACUUCAACGGCUCCGAGAUCGUCAUCGCCGGCAAGCUGACCAACCGCAGCGCAGAAACGCUCCACGUGCAGGUUACCGCCAGCAACAGCGACCGCAGCAUCGUCAUGGAGACGGACGUGCCGCUACGGCAACGGCAGCUGGAGACAGAGCGCCGCAUGAAGGCGGCCGGGCUGCCAAAGGGAAUGAGCCUAGACACAGUCAGAGGUAUAGCUCCAAGCACAGGCACAGGCACAGGCACAACUACAAGCAGACCCACCGGUGCAGACACGAACAGAGGAACAAAGACAGAUACAAAACCAGGCACAGAGAAGAAGUCUGGCACAGACUCAGAUGCUAAUGCUAAUGCUAACGCUAACGCUAACUCUGAGCUAGAGAGUGGGACGGGCUACAUCGAGCGCCUGUGGGGCUUCAUGAGCGUGAAGGACGGGCUACGUUCGCGCCUGCGCAGCCACACGAGCCGCGAGCGGGACGAACACACCCAGCAGGCCACCAACCUCUCGCUGGCCUACAACUUCCUCACGCCACUCACCGGCAUGGCGGUGGAGCGGCCGCAGGUGCUUGCCGAUGGGACGCUCGCCCAGGAAGCGCCGCCAACGGAGGCACCGGCCGCUGCGACCGGAGCGGGAACAGCCAAUGAGCUGCCAGCGGAGGAGGAGCAGGUGGGAGGGGCACCGUCAUCAUCACAGAGCCUAACCAGGAAGAAGGACCAGCCAGAGCAGAGUUCUAAAGUUGCCAAGGCAACGGGCGGUGCUACAAAAAGACUCUCCAAAAAGUCUGUCACCAUCUCCAAAACAUCCGCUGAUGGCGACCCUCACUUCGUGGUGGAGUUCCCCCUGAGCAAACUGACCGUGUGUUUCAACAUUAACGGAGAGCCCGGGCACGUCCUCCGCCUGGUCACUGACCAUUCCCAGUCUGGCGUGACUGUGAACGGUAAACUGAUCGGAGCGCCGCCCCCUCCUGGUAGCCAUAAGCAACUGCGCACGUACUUCAGCACCAUCACCAUCGUCGCUGACAAACCCCGGCGCUCCUACAUCGAGGUCACGCCCAAGAAGGUCAUCCUGGACGGCCGCGACCGAAUGGUGCUGCCCUGUGACAAGAGCGUCUCUGUGGAGUCAGGCGACCUGGCUGUCGCCAUAGCAGCCCGCUCCAACAUCACGGUGACCAUCAGAGGAACGAUCGGAUUCGUCAUCCUGCUGCAUCAGUACAAAAACCCCGCCCCCUACCAGAGAGACCAUCUGGGCUUCUACAUCUCCAACAGCAAGGGUCUUAGCAAGGACACGCAUGGCCUUCUGGGCCAGUUCCUGAAUGAGGAGGUUGGACUGACGGAGCUCAUCGCUGACAUCACCACCGAGCAGCCGACAGCAGGGAGCGCCUCUCAGGCCAAGCAGCAGCCGCCACGCACUGCUCUCAAGGUCAAAGGUCGCACGGUUCCCGUGGUGAAGAAGUCGCGACGCAUCUACAGCGGGCAGCAGACGGUGGACUGCUGGUUCGCGCGCAACAACGCCGCCAAGCUGAUCGACGGAGAGUACGGGGACUACGUGGUGUCUCACAUGUUCGACACAGGGAACUGGCCGCAUGGCUCCAACACAGACUGAGGCGAGGCAGUCAGGAGGGACACUACGAGCCACGAGCCCGACAGCAUUCCACACACACACACACUUGGAAAAACCACGGCACAGAACACACACUCUGCACUGUCUCCACCCACACUGCACUGCAAGCCUGCUGUCUGUGUACAAUAUCACUUCUCCGUACACCCCAAUGCAACCAUUCACGGCAGUCACCCAGCUGGUACCCACGGUCUUUUCAAAGUUCUGACCCAACACUCAGUA